AUGGCGGCUAAAGGUUUAAUUUGUGGGGGAGUCAGGCGCAGGAUUGGAAAUGGCAAAUCAACAUUGAUUUGGGACCACCCGUGGUUGCAUGAUGAAAAUCAACCACGAAUAUUAACAGAAAAACCACCUCAAUUGGCACAGGCAAAAGUGGUGGGGUUAAUGGAUCAGCAGACUGGAACCUGGGAUCAGGAAAUUCUAACGGGCAUUUUCAUACCUCAGGAUGUGGAGCAAAUUUUAAAAAUACCUGUGUCUCCUUAUUAUGAGGAUGUGUGGUACUGGUACGGAGACCCAAGAGGAGAAUAUUGUGUUAAAGAGGGAUAUAAAGCAGUGAUAGGCAAUUACUCCCAACCGACAGGAACCUUUGAUAAAUGGAAAAAAUUAUGGAGCCUAAAAGUCCCCCCAAAGUGGAAAACAUUCUUAUGGAGAGCUCUUAGUGAUAUUUUACCCACUACAGAGAACCUGCUUAGUAAGAGAGUAGAUAUUGAUCCAACUUGUGCAAUGUGUGACCUUGUUCAUGAAGAUAUAGUGCAUUCUCUAAUCACAUGUGACUAUACGGCUAACAUUUGGGCACAAUCCCACCUUCCAAUCCCCAAUAGUGUCACAAAUAUUUUUAGUGAUUGGUUUGAUGAUUUGUUGAAUAUUUUAGAUGAUGAUGGGAUUAUUUAUGCAGUGGCUCUUCUAUACUAUAUUUGGCGAACAAGAAAUGGGGCUGUAUGGGAAGCACACUUACCGAGACCUCGGAAGGUGAUAGCAAUGGCGACCUCGGCGAUGAAUGCGUGGAAACUUGUCCACACUGGAACCACGAGUUUGACCACCAAUAUGACGCCUGGCCGUAUGACUCUUGGAGAGCAAAAUACACAGAUACAGCCUGGAAGCCACGGGUUGGCUGCUGCAAAUUCGGAAACUCACAUGCCAACUUCCACUGCUGCAUCACGAAGGUUACUGCCAACAGCACUGCAAACCACGUCCAACAAUCUUCAACUGCCAUUGGGACGCCACUGUUAUUUCGACGCAACAUACUCCAAUCAAACAAACAGGGCAGGGGUUGGUGCAGUUAUUAUCGACGGACACGGUGGUUACAUAUCGGCUAUGUCGGCGCCACUAAUAGACUGUUUUUCACCACUCAUGGCGGAAGCCUUUGCAUGUAAGGAAGUCCUGUCUUGGUUAAGGGCACGUGGGGAAACGUCGAUCCAGCUAUUCACGGAUUGUUUGACCCUAUAA